GCAAAUGUUAAAACAAUGCUUAUGUUCUUGGCAACGGUCUUCUACUUUAGAAUGUUUUACAUUAUUCAUUUUUUCUCUAAUUACCAUCGAAUACACUUCUGGUGAGUUACUUCUUGAAUCAUAUCCGUGCCAGCAUAAUAUCGUGUUGAAAAUGUUCAAGGUUUAAUUGGUGCAAAUAUGGAAUAUCCAUACGGCUUAAUUGUGUCAAUCCGUAACUGUAACUCCCUUUAUGUAAUAAGCCUUUUUUUAAACAAAAUUGCAUCUCAAAGCCUACUUCUAGUUAAUAUCAUUCUCCGCAAUUACACCCUGGCAGAUGAAAACUACGCCAUGAUUGGAUAAUUACAAUAUUUUUUGUAAUCCUAGAAAUACAGUUAUCCCUGAAAGCGAUAAACACUUAUUAGAAAAAUUUUCAUAAUUGUAUAUAUAAGAACAUAUAGAAUUUCAUCCAGAAGAUGAAGGCAUGUAGUAAUUGAAAUCAAUAUAUCAAUGAAUUGGCUAUUAAUAUUUGCUGCUAUCACUUUGUUCUUUUCUGACACAAUUGCCCUUGAUGUCACCGGAACAACAACAAUUUCUGGUGAUGCAGUUGCCCCGGAAGAAGAUUUUCUGGUUGAAGAAGGGGGUGAACUUACAUUGGAACCCCUGCUUGAAAGCGUGUUGUAUCUUGGAACAUUAACAGUUAACCAGGAAGGUCAGCUUUAUUUCAGAGAAUUAUACGCAUAUGAAACAUUUCAUAUUUCUACUGUUGUAAAUAACGGUUUUAUGUUGUGGGAUAGCCUGGAUGUAGCUUCUGUUAGUAAUUUUUAUGAGACAAGUUUUGAAAAUAAUGGGGAAGCUGUGAUUUUGGGACAAUCGUUAAGCCUUAUAAUGCUCUUGCAAAGCAAUACAGGAUCUUUAACGUUUUGGGGAACUACAGGUUAUUUCACUCUUGAUUCUGGUGUCAAUACUGGGAAUAUUUGUUUUUAUAAUCAAAAAAUACUGUGGGAAUCACCAGAUGGCAAUGGAUGUGUUGCUCUUUUUGAUUCCCAACUUAGUGUCUAUUAUCCUGUUACUAGUUUUGUUCCUACUAUUGUUUUUCAAGGUACCUCCAGUCUGUUAAAUGUCCAAACGGACGUAGCAGGACUGUCAUAUAAGUUGGUUCAAUUUGGAAGUGGUAAUCAGUUCAUAAUAACAGAUAUAUCAUUUAGUAGUUUUAAUUAUGACCCCGACACUGGAAUACUCACAAUAACAGAAAAUGGGAACCCAGUGGUGCUCGAUAUUGGUAUGGGGUAUGAUUCGAGCAAGUUUACGGUUAGUAGUGACGGACUGAGUGUUUCUAUUUUAUACAAUGACGUCGUACCACCUGGAGCAAACUCAGGAGGAUGUUCGUGCGUUUUAAAUACCACUCCAUCUUGGGCCUCUAGUCCUAGCACCUCAAUUGAAAACGAAUCUACAAGUACUGAAGAGGAAUCAACAGAGGUUGAAUCAGACUCGUCUACCGAAGAAACUACUGAGGCUGAAACUACAUCCAGUGAAUAUGAGUCUUCCACGGAGGAAGUUGAAACUUCCUCUACCGAAACUUCAUCAACUGAAACUUCCUCUACUGAAAUUUCUUCUACUGAAGAGUCGUCGUCGCAAUCAAGUACUACUGAAUCUUCUUCCUCUGUAUCCACUCAGACAACAUCGAAAUCACACCACCCUCAACCUACUUUCUGUAUCCAUCCAAUCAACGACAAAAUCAAAAAGUUCUGUGAUGACUACAAAAAUGAACACGGACAUCCCAAUGGAAACCAGCCUGGCAAUGGUAACCAACCUGGCAAUGGAAAUAAACCUGGCAAUGGAAAUAAACCUGGUAAUGGUAAUAAACCUGGUAAUGGGAAUGGCAAUGAUAAUGGUAAAGGAAACAACCAGUUCCCUGGAAGCGGUAAAGAUAAUGGCAAUAAACCAGGUUUUGGUAAUCCUAAUGGUAAUGGUAAUAAUAAGGGAAAUAACCAGGGUCAUGAUAAUGGUAAUGGCAAUAACAACAACAACGGCAAAGGUGGAAACAACGGACAUAAACGUGCUUUACACUAAGUAUAUUGCCUCGUCGAUAAACAUGCUUGGUUCACCAUUCAUAUCUGUUGGUUAUCUUGUUGGUAAAUAGUACCCAGUUUACCGUCUGGAUCUAAGUUUAUUUUUUAUUUUGUUUCAUUCUGUAUUCUGUUUUAACGGUAAUUGUUCAAACUACAAAGAUAUAUAAAUAUACAAAACUUAUGAAAGAAUGUAAUUACAUGCCUCUGGUGAUUUAAUCACCUUGAUUAUAGUCCAGUUCUUAUCUAUAGAUCUUGCAUAAGAAUUUUUUUGUGGUAAGUUGAUCCGAUUUUUUCCAUUGGUAGUGGCGGUGGGUGGUGGGAGCAAGUCUGGCGGUUCUAACUGGUCUCAAUUUUACUGUUAACGCAAAAAGAAAAAUUUUAGCAGGUUUAAAAAUGUACAGG